UCAGCCUACCACUGUGAAUGGCAAAUCCGAAGCAUAAACAAAAAAAUUUAAUAAUUAAGCAUGACGAAGGGUUUGUACUAAUCAAUUCCGGAGAUAAUGCUGCUGAAGAUACGCCACGCCCUGCUGGAGGUCACCAGUCCGCCGGCCACGAAGCAGUCGGCGAUCAUCAUAAAUAACGAAGUGAUCAUCAGUUCUGGGAGCAUUCUGCAACCCCACCUGCUUUUCGAUGGGGACAAAGGCGCGGAGAACAAAGAGAUCAUUGCCAGACUGCAGCGGGGCCAGCUGCUGAAUGUCCAGAGCGAGGAGGAGGAGGAGGCUCGGCGCAUCCGGUCGCUCAACUUCCUGGUCACCUUUGAUCCGCAGCAGCGAAGGCCCAGGCCAAACCAGAAUGGUGCCUCUGGAUCCAGGCAAACCCACAUCCUCUCCCGCUUCACGGCCCAUCCGUUGUACGUGUUCUGCGCCGCCGAAGUGUCCCGGAAUCUGCACCACAUCCUGCUAACCGCGGACUCCGGGGAUGAGAACGAAGUGCUCCGCUCCAGCUUCGUGGUGCUGGGCCUGCGGAAGCCUGAAAAAGAGGAGUCCUUCAAGCGAUUCCUGGCCCACAUUGGCAAUUACUUGCGCCACCUGCAGCCCAUGCAGACGCUGGACGACGUGCUGGUCAUGUGCUCACCCUUCGGCCUGGAGAACUUCUACAAAACCAUCAGCAUCGGCAAGGUUUCCAAUGUGAUGGGACGCAGUGGCUGCCUUUUCGCCAUCUCCAACGCCUUGCCACUGGGUUGUGAGGGUUCCGCCGUGUUCAACAACAAACUUCGCCUCAUUGGCAUUGUGAUAUGCACCUCGUUUCAAAGGCAGCAGGAGAAUGUCAAUCUCACCCUGGCCGCGAAUUUUGGCUACCUUUUAAAGAACUUCAUGGAGCAGCUGGGCAUGUCCAUCUCCACAUUCCAGCUCAGUCGGGAGCCCUCGAACUUUGCCUGGGAGCGCACAAUUGUGGUCAUUGAGUCGGCGGGUCAACAAGGCACCGGCACUUUUAUAAAAGUGCACAACAAGCACUUCAUCCUCACCUGUGCGCAUGUGGUGGGGCAGAGCAACGAGAAGGUCAAUUGCCGAUCAGCCGAUCGCGAGUUCCAGUCGGAGGUGAUAUGGUGUAAUCCGGACAGCGAUCGACCCUUCGACUUGGCGCUGCUCACAGCUCCACAGGAUGUGCCGGAGCGUUGCUGCGUGCGUCUGGCCAGGAGUCCGGCCACUCUGGGCCAGAUGGUCUACAACGCUGGGUUUCCCUACUUCGUGAACUUCAGCUACAAGCACGACUUCAAUCCCUCGAUUUUCCAAGGCCGGAUCAUCAAGUGCGACGCUGGGGCCAUCAUGUCCGAUGGCAGCGUGCAGGCGGGCCAAAGUGGAGGGCCCAUGUUUGAUCAGAACGGCUGCAUCCUGGGCGUGUGUGUGUCCAACAUAAAACUGGACGACAUUGUUUACCCCAAUAUCAACACAGCCAUUCCCAUUUGUGAGAUACGCAACACUUUACAACAGUUUGCCCGCACCAACGAUGUAAAAGUGCUCAGCAAUCUGGUGGCCAGUCAGGAUGUGCGCCGCGUCUGGUCGCUGGAAAUGCCGCCCAUUCGAAGCAAACUCUAGGGAUUGUUAACGAAACUGUAAUUUAGUGUUUUUCAUAUAAUGUGCAAUUGGCCUGGUGGCAAACAUUUGAGCUUAAUUAAUAAAUUUUAUACUACAAAAAUA